UCUCACCCAUUAGUUGACCACCACGUACACAACAGAAAACAACAUUGAAUCCCCCAGAAAACAUUAAAAAAAAUAUCAACGGAAGUUUCUCGAAACCCAGUAACGUAGCUUCUCCUCCUCUCCUUCAUUACCAAAUAUCUUCCUCCACAUUUCCACAUUCAGAUCUUCAUCUUUUUCCUCACUCUCUUCCAUUUUAAGCCAACCAAAAAAAAAAAAUAUUCCUUCCUUUUUCAAAGUAUAUUCUCUAAUAUAAUUCCUCAUUUCAGAAAAAAAAGCUUGAUUAUUAUUUAAAAGAAGUUUAAACUUUCCGACGAUGGGAGAUCAAAUUGCCGGCGAAAAUGUCGCCUGUGGUAGUGGAGGAGAAGCUCAACGGUCAAUUCCGACGCCAUUUUUGACCAAAACUUAUCAACUUGUUGAAGAUCCUUCCAUUGAUGACGUCAUUUCGUGGAAUGAUGACGGAUCUUCCUUCAUCGUUUGGAAUCCUACUGUUUUCGCUCGCGAUUUACUCCCUCGUUAUUUCAAGCACAACAAUUUCUCUUCCUUCGUUCGUCAGCUCAAUACCUACGGAUUUCGCAAGGUAGUUCCAGAUAGAUGGGAGUUCUCAAACGACGCGUUUCGACGAGGAGAAAAGCAAUUGUUAUGUGAAAUUCAACGCCGGAAAACGACGGCGGUUGUAACAGUGGCGCAACAGAAACAGAUUUCCGGCGGAGAUUCCGGCGAAGAACAGGUGAUAUCGAAUUCCAAUUCUCCGCCAUUAGGAAUUCCGACCUCAGUUUACACUAAUAACAUCAACAAUCAUAAUUAUAGCAACAACAAUAACAAAGGAGAUUUAAUCGACGAAAAUGAGAGAUUGAAGAGAGAGAAUUUGGAAUUAAACAGAGAGUUAACAAGUAUGAAGGCAUUAUGCAACAAUAUAUUUUCAUUGAUGACGAAUUUCGCAACUUCUGAAGGGAAUACUACAGCUACAAGUAGUAGCACCAAUUGUAUGAAACAGGCGCUGGAUUUGUUGCCACCUAAUUUGAUAUCCGCGGGUGAGGGACAGGGUAGUGGGAGUGAAAGCCCUAAGAUAUUUGGUGUUCCUAUAGGAAUAGGAAUAGGAAUAGGAAUAGGAAUAGGAAUGAAGCGUGUGAGAGAAGAAGAAGGUGUGGUGCAGGUGCAGGAUGAUAUGAUGGAGACUGAUAUGGAGAUUAAAUGUGAGCCGUCUGAUGUAGGUGGAAUUAUUGAUGAUGGUGAUAAUCAGAAUACUACUCCAUGGCUUCAACAAUGUCACCGACAAAAUCAGAGGGUUUGUAAUUGAUCAUCAGAAUAAGAUUAGUUUUAGAAAAUUUUGUAUGGUUAAGACUUAAGAGGCACGUGAUGGAAGAUGUGUCACGUGUAUGGUGAAGAAGGUUCUUUAGUCUGAUAUUUUACCCUUAGUUUGUAAGGUUAAUUAUAGUGAUGUCAGAUGUGCCCUUAAAAGGGGACUAAGGGGCAAUGUUACUGCUUUUGAGUUUUGAUCAGUUAGGCUUUUAGAUGAAUGUAGAAAAAGUUGAAAGUUCUUCAAAUAAAAAAAGUUUAAGAUGAUGGUUAUGAUCUUGUUCAGCUGAUUACUCCACUAGAUGUGAAUACUGAAUAUUGAUUUUCA